CCAAACCAAACCGCCUUCGCGCAAUCACUUCCUUCUAGCGAGCAGAUCCACCGUCCCCAACCCACAACUCCCCAGGCCCCAACACCAGUCCAUCUUCAUGGCGCGGGUACCCGUCCUCCUCCUCGCCCUCUUCGCCGCGGCCCUCGCGGCCGCCCCGGCGGCGGCGCUGGGCGGCCGCGGCGCGCGGGUCGGCGGGUGGGGCCCCAUCCCGGACGUGACGGACGCGCACAUCCAAGAACUCGGCGGAUGGGCGGUGGAGCAGCACGCGAGGCUGACCAGCGACGGGCUGCGGUUCCGCCGGGUCACGCGCGGCGAGCAGCAGGUCGUCUCCGGCAUGAACUACCGCCUCUUCGUCGACGCGGCCGACGGCUCCGGCAAGAGCGCGCCCUACGUCGCCGAGGUGUACGAGCAGUAUUGGACCAAGACCCGCCAGCUCACCUCCUUCAAGCCGGCGGCCAACUGAUCCGCUCCCCCUCCGGCGCAUGCCGAUCCGCGGCCGGCGACCGCGUCCGCUCUGGUUAAUCUCAUCUGCCCGUCCUUCGUAGUUUGUACUACCACUAGUGCUGCCAAUAAUAAAUGAGUCGCGCGGUUUGGUCGAUCGUCACGCGCUGCAGUUCAUCAUCCUGACUACUACUAGUAGUAUAUUUCUACUAAUACUGGCAAAUAAAAUUGUGAGUACUCUGAGAUUGUCGUGA